GCAGACUUAGAGGACAAUUAUAGGACUUGUUAUGACCUGUGUCUACAGGGAAUAAAGGAGAGCAGUACCUUUUAUCAGGGCUUGGAAGUCACCCUAUGCACUCUGAGAAAAGAUGAACUGUUUCCUUAAGUUCUUCUAGCAUGAGCGUACAGGUUGUAUGAUGCUGCAGAGGACAAAUUUUCAGGAGACAGAAGAUGCCACAUUGCUCUGUGAACAUGGGCAUUUGGUGAGGCAUGAAGGAGCAGCAAGUGAACACACAGAAGAACCUAUCAGAUGUCCUAGACUGAAGGUGCCAUAGACACCAUGACAGAAAGGAACCAAACUCUUAUCUCUCAGUUCCUCCUCCUGGGCCUACCCAUCCCUCCAGAGCACCAGCACCUGUUCUAUGCCUUGUUCCUGGCCAUGUACCUCACCACUGUCCUGGGGAACCUCAUCAUCAUCAUCCUUAUUCUACGGGACUCACAUCUCCACACACCCAUGUACUUGUUUCUCAGCAACUUGUCCUUCUCUGACCUCUGCUUUUCCUCUGUCACAAUGCCCAAAUUGCUGCAGAACAUGCAGAGCCAAGUUCCAUCUAUCCCCUAUGCAGGAUGCCUGGCACAAAUAUACUUCUUCCUGUUUUUUGGAGACCUAGGGAACUUCCUCCUUGUGGCCAUGGCCUAUGACCGCUAUGUGGCCAUCUGCUUCCCCCUUCAUUACAUGAGCAUCAUGAGCCCCAAGCUCUGUGUGAGUCUGGUGCUGCUGUCCUGGGUACUGACCACCUUCCAUGCCAUGCUGCACACCCUGCUCAUGGCCAGAUUGUCAUUCUGUGAGGACAAUGUGAUCCCUCACUAUUUCUGCGAUAUGUCUGCUCUGCUAAAGCUGGCCUGCUCUGACACCAGUGUUAAUGAGGUGGUGAUAUUUAUUGUGGUCAGCAUCUUUCUUGUCCUUCCAUUUGCACUCAUUAUCAUGUCCUAUGUAAGAAUUGUGUCUUCCAUUCUCAAGGUCCCUUCUUCUCAAGGUAUUUACAAAGCCUUCUCCACAUGUGGAUCCCACCUGUGUGUGGUGUCACUGUUCUAUGGGACAGUCAUUGGUCUCUACUUAUGUCCUUCCAGUAAUAAUUCUACUGUAAAGGAGACUGUCAUGUCUUUGAUGUACACAGUGGUGACUCCCAUGCUGAACCCCUUUAUCUACAGCCUGAGGAACAGAGACAUAAAGGGGGCUCUGGAAAGAAUCUUUUGCAAAGGGAAAAUUCAACUAAACCUAUAA